GCAUUAUGGUUGAUAAGUCCGAUGGCCCUGCUUUGGUCAGUGCCUUCAAUCACUUGUCAGUGUGGCACGUUCCCGUUUCAUUGUGAUUUGGUGAAUAUCCACAGGGACGUUUAGGGUAAAACAAUAGCUUCUCGCGACGUCGUGCCCACAACAGAGGGGUAUAAAGAUGCUCGCGAUGGACAGCAGAAGUCCCAACGCACAACACAUCCAUCUUCUUCUCCGUAUCUUUUGAUCUACCACUCUCACCAUGUCAGAACAGGUUUUUGUCGACAUUGACGCUCUUGUGAACGAGCUUCAGAAAUAUCCGCUUCCCACCGAAACAGACGCGUACUUUACGGAAUUUGAGCCUGGAAGAGCCUUCCUUAGAGAACAGCUAUACGCCGUCUUCAAUGGUUUCCUCUCCCAGUUCUUCACGCCAGACGCUACAACAUUUGUCUCCACUUGCGAUAGUCUGAUCCCUCUGCUUGACCUGGCGCUACUUACCGCGGAAAAUCGCAAGCUGGUUUUAGAUAUCUUGGAGCUGGCCGACGUAAUGUUCGAUAAAUUCGUGAGCGUCUCUCUGACGCUCCAGCAGAGCUGCGACCCGCUUUCUGUUGUGCCGACACAUUCAAUCAUCCGAACGCGCUUGCUUGACCUCAUUGACCAAUGUCUCGCGCCUCCGCACUAUUUCAGUGACAUCGGCUCCGAGCUGCAAACUCUAAAAUCAAAGAUUCAAGAGCGCGAGGACCAAGCGAAAGCUGCCUUAUUUGCUUGCGAUACACAGUGGAUUUACGAUCUAUGGGAUUCAUGCCCUGAGUUCAAAGCACUGGACUCGUGGCUGUCGGAAGAUAUUCCAGCUUUAGCGCUGGAAAUAGUUGCUCAGGGAUGCACGUCUACUGUUCCCACUUCCAAUGAGGUUUCCAUGCUUUCACCAAGCACAACCGCGCAACUCAGACGGAACUCGUCUAUCAUUUUGGAAAACCUACGAGCGUCCAACCUGGGAGCAUCUCAAUAUUUAUCUGCUCUACCUACAUCAGUUUCACGCCCCAUUAAGGGCCUCCCCAAACGAGGUGCCUCGUUUUCCCGGACGCAAUCACUUUCCGCGAUGCUUCCUCCUCAAGCUCAAGCCCGUGUGCUGGACGCGCUUGGGACGGUUGCUGAAAUGGAGGAAGAAUAGGACUGAGGUCCGCAGUUGUAUUUGUAUCGCAUUUUACUGGUCUCAGCAUAGUCUCAGCAUAUUCACGUACAUAUACUACUAUUGGUAGUUGUAGCAUCACAAAAAUUCUGUCUUUUCAAA